AUGAUGUCGGGACAAUCAAACUACGAUCUAAAGCGUCAUCUUACUCAAAAAAAAUUGGAGGAUAUUAUAAAUAAUGAAUUCAGUUAUGUUAGUGGAGAAGAAGAUGACCUAGAGGAGUUAGAAGAGCCAUUUGACAGUGAUGAUAGCAUUGAAGAUAGAGACUAUGAUCCCGCACAAGACGAAGAAAAUGUCUUCGCACAACUAGCUAACACCUGGACAACUACACCAGAAGGAACUCAAAAAGAAGCAAGAAAUACGUGCUCUCGUAAAAGGAUUAAAAUUACGCAGCCACUAUCAUCACAAGCAACAUCUACUGAGAGCCCUAGUGAACCACAAAUACCUGUAAUAAUAUUAGAUAAACCUUCUUUAGUAGCCGUGGCAACAAAUAAGGCUCCAAACAGUACCAACUUUAUCAAGAGGUCUAAAAGAGAGUCUUUCUACGCUCUUACAUUUGCCACGUGUUGCAGAAGACCGCCGAGGGCCCCAAGGGAAAGGAAAACGGACUUACUGCAGCUUGUGCCCUACAGCAAAGAAACGAAUGACAACUACCAACUGUUAUAA